AGAAUGUUAAAGUAGAUGGAAGUGCCACGAAUGCUACAAGGUUUCCACGUCUCCUCAGAAUCCUACACGUGUAAGUCAGACACAGAGUCACCCUGUUGGCUAUCACCGAAACACCACUAUAUAUUUGAAAAUGUAAGUGGCUUUGCUUCCAAACACUUGAACAUCAUCUACAUUUCAUCACAAUCUUCCUCAAUCAUGUCUUCAGAAACAAAAGCAGAAACACAAACUUUGACCACCCCCUCUUACUCCUCAGAUGUUGACAAUGGUAUAGUGAAGGAUGUAGUCCUAUGGAGAAGAAAGAAAAUAAAUAUAAGCGUUCUUGUUGCGGCAACAGCGGCAUGGGUGUUGAUGGAAGUGUUUGAAUUCAACUUCCUCACUCUCAUAUCAUGGGUGGCCAUACUCGGUCUUGCUUCAAUAUUCCUCUAUGCCAAUAUGCUUAGACUUUUGGGCAAGGAACCACCGAACUUGUUGGGGUUGGAAGUGAGUGAAAAAACAACAACGAGAAUAGCACACACAGUUCGAGCAUGGAUUGAAGAAGGAAUAAGGUGGUUGUUCCUUGUGGGCGCAGAGAAAGAGUGGCCCGUGUUUGUGGGGGCUGUGGCUGGAUUGUUAUCACUAUCUUAUUUAGGAAGUUGCAUGGACCUCCUAACACUAGUUUAUAUGGGUACGUUAGUGGGAAUGGCAGUUCCAUUAACUUAUGUGAAGAACGAGGACAAGAUUAAGAGGUUUGUGGAGUGGUUGAGGGAGAAACACAAGAGAUAUUAUCAGAUUAUUGACGAGAAGACCAUUCAGAAGAUUAAAAGCAGAAUCGUAAAGGAGAAGAAAACAGAGUAAUUAGCUUUUUAAGAGAAAUGUGCACGGUUAUGCUGUAUUAUUUAAUGAAUAUUAAGAGUCUAUUAUUUGUUUCGUUAUAUUUCGGUAAUGUUAUGAAUAGAUUAGUAUAACGUAAGAAUUGUAACUUCGCCCUGAAAAGUUAAACUCUUAAGUUAAUAUUAUUAUUACGAGUGUUCAUCAGCAAAUGUGGACUAUUACGAGUGUUAAUCAUCAGCAAAUGUGGAUCCGAGGCUCAAUUGUAGUGGGUCUGACUCCAGAUCAGAAGAUUGCGUGUUAGAUUCGCGGUCGGGUUCAAUUCCCAAAUUUUUGUCUUUUUUUUCGGUAGAGAUAAUCUAAUCUCUAAUUAGUUAGAUAAUAAAUUGAUAUAUCCAGAUUCUUAGACUCA